AUGGGCACUGGAAUCGUCUCAAUCCUCCUCCACAAUCUCCCCUACAAUGGAGACUGGCUCUACUACCUCUCAAUAAUAGUCUUCGUUCUAAACAUCAUCCUUUUCAGCACUGCAUGCAUCAUAAGUAUCCUACGGUACACAUUGUACCCAGAGAUCUUCAUGCUGAUGAUCAAGCAUCCCGUUCAAUCUAUGUUCAUAGGAACAUUCCCCAUGGGCCUAGCUACUAUAAUCAACAUGGUAGUUCUAGUCUGUGUACCAGCCUGGGGCGAAUGGACGAGGUAUUUCGCUUGGGGAUUAUGGAUCUUCGACGCUGUUGUUUCGGUGAUGACGGCGUUGUCUUUGCCGUUUUUAUUGAUGGCGCAUGGAAACGAACGACCCUUAUCUUCGAUGACAGCGGUGUGGCUUCUUCCCAUCGUUAGUUGUAUUGUGGCUGCGUCGUCCGGGGCUAUCGUCGCUGGUGUACUUCCUAAUGAGCAGUAUGCGUUAUGGACAGUCAUUGUUAGCUAUGCACUUUGGGGGAUUGGAUUACCGUUGGCCAUGAUGGUUAUGGUGAUUUAUCUCCUGCGUCUGACGCUUCACAAGUUGCCUCCUAAGGCUGUGAUUGUCAGUGUGUUUCUGCCGCUGGGUCCUUUGGCACAGGGUGGAUAUGGGGCGAUGAAGCUGGGCCAGUGCGCGCGGGAUAUUUUCCCCCAAACCCAUACAUUGGAAGAGUCCUCCGGGGCGACUUUCUAUACUCUGGGUUUCCUGGUCGCGCUUAUUUUGUGGUCUUCUGGACUAGUUUGGCUUUUCUUUGCAUCUGCUUCGAUCGCUUAUAGUAGGAGUUUCCCUUUCAAUAUUGGGUGGUGGGGAUUUACUUUUCCACUCGGAGUGUUCGCGACUAGUACCGUUCAGAUGGGAACAGAACUGCCUUCGAGAUUUUUUAAUAUUCUAGGGACAAUCCUCUCUGUAUUUGUGGUCGUGCUAUGGAUCAUCGUUAGUGUCGGCACUUUGAAAGGCGCCAUCUCGGGGAAGCUGUUCUAUGCGCCGUGUUUAGGAGAUCUUCGGGUGGCAGAAGAAGACAGGGAUGCUGGCAAGGCAGCUUGA